GGCCGUGCAAUCUCGAUCUCGAGCUCGAAAGCAGUUCAAUUGCCGCAUCCUACACUACUGUACUGUCUUGCGUAAGAACGGUCAGUCCUGCGCCAUACCUUGACAACAACAAAACUUUCACCUUGGCCUGAGCUGCAAUGGCGAGCAAGCUCCCCGUCCCCGUCCUUCGGAGCCUCAGCCGAUCGAGCUUGAGACCGUCCAUGUCUCGCCACGUCUUCCGUGCCGCCUAUUCGACCGACGCCCCACCCCCGCCGCCGCUCCUCACCAAACUUAAAGAAGACCUCAAAACCUCCAUGAGGGCCAAGGACACAAAUCGCCUCGCCGUCCUCCGCUCUCUGCUCACCGCAACUCUCAACGCUAGCAAAACCGACAAGCCUAUCACGACCGACGCGCAACUUGUCAGCCUGCUGCUCAAGACAGCGCGCAAAUCGCAAGAAGCUGCCGCCGAGGCCCGGGCGGCUGGCCGUGAAGACAUCGCUGAGAAGGAGGAAGCACAACAGCGGAUCCUGGAAGAGUAUGCGGCUAGCAGCGGGCUCAGGGAGCUGGGAGAGGCAGAGCUAAGGCAGGUUGCCGAACGCACCAAGGCCAGCCUGGUUGCCGCGGGCAUCCAGGAGAAGGCGCUGAUGGGACAGAUGGUCCGCAGCCUUCUCGCGCCGGGCGGGCCACUGGACGGGACCUCCGUUUCGAAAGAGAAGGUCACCGCUAUCAUCAAGGAGGUCCUCAGCACUCCGUCAAACUAGUCCGGCGAUGAUCUGGCAGUGUAUAUACAACGGUUUGUACUACAUGUAA